UGAACAGCUGUUGCAGGGUAUCGCGGCCAGAUUUUCCAUUAUUCAGCGGCGGCCGCACAAAUUUGCUGUGUGUUAUAAUAAAAUGAGUGUUAAUUAUGAAAAAAAUGUAAUGGAAGAAGAAUUUGCGCCAGUCAAAUUAUCAGACGAUGAGGAAAGCGAGGGUAAUGCCACCACAGAACCAAACGCGGCGACGGCAGCAACAAAACAGCCAGCGGCAACACAAAACAGCUCGGACAACGACGAUGCAGAGGCAACAGCUGCCGUUGAUGGAGAUGAAGGGCGGCAUUCAAGCGGCGGCGCCGCCAACACACAUGUGGUCGCCCAUCACUACAACGAGCUGAAGGAGGCCGGACGCAAGGAGCGUCACAAGUCGAAAAUCUAUUUUAUGCGCAACUUCAACAACUGGAUCAAGAGCCAGUUGAUCAACGAGUUUAUGGGGAUAAUCAAGCAACAGCAGCGCGUUGGUGAUGCACUGCGCGUCCUCGACAUGUGCUGCGGCAAGGGCGGGGAUCUGCUGAAAUGGGAUAAAGCGCAAAUAUCGCAUUUAAUAUGCACAGACAUUGCCGAGGUAUCGGUGGAGCAAUGCCAGCGUCGCUACCAGGACAUAUUGCAGCGUGCCGAGAGAUCAAAGUACGCGCAUAAGUUCACAGCCGAGUUUUUUGCCUGCGACUCGACAAUGGUUCGGCUGCGUGAACGCUAUAAGGAUGCAUCUCUGCAAUUGAAUCUGGUCUCGUGCCAGUUUGCCUUUCACUAUUGCUUCGAGUCGCUCAUGCAGGCGGACUGCAUGAUGCGCAACGCAGCCGAGUGCCUGCAGCCGGGUGGCUAUUUUAUAGCGACCAUACCGGAUGCUUAUGAGAUUAUAAGGAGAUUAAAAGCGGCCGGACCGAAUGCACGCCGAUUUGGCAACGAUGUCUAUAGCAUUGAAUUUGAAUGCAAUACGGAGUCGUUGCCGCUUUUCGGCGCCAAAUAUCAGUUCCAUAUGGAGGGCGUUGUCGAUUGUCCCGAGUUUUUGGUACAUUUUCCAACUCUGGUCAAACUGGGUCGCCGGCAUGGACUGCAGCUGGUCAGGCGCAGCACAUUCGCCGACUAUUUCAGGGAGACGAUGUCCCAGGGCCGCCAGCUGCUGCAGCGCAUGUCUGGCCUGGAAUCGGUCCAGCCCCAGCGCUGUGGCAGCGAUGACCAGUUCGAGCAUGUGCGCCGAGUCAUUGGCACACAGCGCUCUCGACCCGUGGGCACGCUCUCCAAAUCCGAAUGGGAAGCAACAACACUUUAUCUGGUUUGUGCCUUCAAGAAAUGCAAAAACAGCUGGGAUGCCAACGGCAAGCCCCUGUUCGAAUUUGAUGACUGAUGAUUCCCAUCAGAUUUAUAUUUAUAGAUAUAUAUAUCUAUCCGCAUCAAAUGUUUCGUUCAAAUACCUGAUUUUUUU